AUGUCGGCACUCGCUCCAAUGGCUCGUGCUGCCUCCAUCCCCAUCCCACGCGUCGCAGGAGGCGUCGUCCUCAAGCCCAUCUUCGUUCACCCUUCGCACUUUGAAGGAUCGGCCCCAACCUCCCCCUACCUUGGCCCUUCUGCUUCUUCACCAUUUUGCUCUUCCUACUCCAUGGCCACGUCAUCAUCGUCCGAGACCCCCGACACCGAAACGCUCGCACGCGUAGACAAUCUUUCCCUGGACUUCUCGCCACCCUCGCCUUCCUCGUCGCUGACCUCACUCGACUCGCUCGACUCGUGCAACCCUUCGACCGACUUCUUUGCCGCCGCGUUUGGAAGAGCCACUCGUAAAUCCGAUGCCGAGUCGUACUUCACCUUGGACACCUCCCCCUCGUCUUCCAACUCUUCCACGCCGACGUGCGAGUCCCCGACGGCGUCGUUCAAGCCGGCAUCGGAGGCAAGCGAGGCAAGCGAGGCAUCGACGUCGCUCCCGACCGUCUUUCCCGCAUCCUUCCCCUUCGCUACCUUUGCUGCACCCGUAUCUCCUCCCGCUUCACCCCCCGUUUCGGCGGUCCUGCGUCGAGCCUCGGCCGCGGGGGGAUCCAUGAUGGCGCGCUCCGUUUCGUCGCCCGUCGAGACCCAACGCGAACUCGAUCAGCGCCGCCGACGACAAGCAGACGCGAGCGAGCUCAUGCACGAAUCGGCUACCAAAAUGGCAAGGACGCGCUCAAUGGCGGCGUUCGGUAGUUCUUCGAUGAUGUCGCGCGCGCCGUCUGGCUUUGGCCUCAUGCCCGCACGACCCGUCACCCCUGUCACGCAGCCGAGCUGCCCCUCGCCGCUGGUGACACCUUUCGAGGAAGGGUGGGGCGCGACCCUGCCUCCCCGUGAGAAAGCAGAACCUGCCGCGCUCCCUCCUUUCCCCUUCAACCACGUCGGCGUCAAUUACUCUCCAGGGCGAUUGAACCGCUCGCACUCCGCAACCUACGUGCCUCAAUAUCGCGCGCCUCGGUCCCCGGAGAUUUCAUCACACCUUUCCGACGCUGCGAUUACAUCUUUGUCGGUGUCCUCCUUUUCCUCGCAACUACCCGACGCACCUUUGAUGGUCACGAUCCCGAACUCACCUUCGAUGACCCGUCCGCGACGGUCGACGCUGGGCCUCGCCGCCCUGACGCCGAUCAUCCCAACGCAAGGCUUCGAGGUAGCUAUCGACGCCCUCCCGCCUAUGGCACCUGGGCGACUCACGCGUGGCGCCUCGUUUUCCUAA